AUGCGUCCAUGCUUCCAUGGGCACUCCUCGGGCAAUAGUGGCCUGCCAUGUGCGCGACUCAAUUCACGCGGGCCGUCUCCUGCUGCGCACUGUUUCCUUCUGCACCACUUGCCCACGACAGCUCAUCGCUCACCAUCGUCGCCCUCGUCGCCCUCGUCGACGCUGCACGAGCCUGUCGUGGUGCCCGUCGUGUUGCACUGCGUGUUGCUCCACCUUGCACCACCACGCCUAUCCGACGCCUGCUGCCUCGCACCCGUGCCGGUGAGCUGCUGCAUGCUCCCGCCCCAUUCUCCAUUCCAUGCUCCCAUCCCAUGCUCCCAUCCCAUGGUCCCUCGUGAAGCCGACGCGCAGCAUUUUCAAACGUCGACGCACGCCCGCGAUCCUGAAUCCUGCACACCAGGGUCGUGCCUGUCGACGUUGCCCGUCGCAAUUAGGGAUAUUAGGGCUGGUGCCGCUCUUGCAUCGGUCGAAUGUCUGUUGAUGGCUGCACACGCAGCCCUGUCCUGGGCUGUUGCUCCGCCGCACCGCUCGAGCGCAGAAACGCGGCCAGUUUCUUUCACUGGGGCCUUUAGUGCCGGACUUCCCGCUGCUGAGGAUGACGCAUUCGGAGGAUGCGGUUGCACGCAUCGCGGGACGAAGGAGAAGGGCGAAACACUCGUCGCUUGCCGCUACUGGAGUACCGUCUCCGCCUCGGCAUCGUGCGGAGCGUUGCAAGUGGCUGCGCUGUUGUGGAGUCGCAAAAAGUCUAACGAGAAAGCUGUCGUCCAUCAGCCACGAGGAUCAUCGAUGAACGCCCGACGUUUCUGCUCCCUUCGCGUUGGGCGAGUACCUAAAGGCAAAUCAGGGCGGCCCGCUGAUUGA